GGAGGAGGAGGUCAAAUGCGAGAGUUUGGAAAACGUGAGGCUGUCUCCACUCUCCAGGAUCAGUAAAGAGGUAGAUAAUUGUGCCAAGUGACAGUAGACAAAAUAAUUCGCGGUGCAGGUGUUAUAGUGUCGACUCAGAAACCAGUGAGACGGUGUCUGGUUGUAGUUUGUCCGUGUCACAGAGACGAUAGCUAAUGCUACAUGUCGCGUGUUCGCAAACAGCUGCUGUGAAUAACGGGGCUACUAGAGUUUAACGAUCAGUUUUGCAACCUAAAAUGAUGUAUUAUUUAUGUAGAGGUGAUGCAUGAGACAUUUGUACAUGAUCGAAGUUAGUUAGUUCGCUGCUGCACGUUGCUUCCUCGGACAUUUAUUAUUUUGUCUUUGGGUACUUGUGUCACGGUCACAGCCGUCAUGUUUCACUCCGUGCCCCGUCGUCCCAUCUGCGACAUCGGUGUGAGUACAUUGAAGCUUCAGAGCAGUCGAGCAUUCAGGCGGACUGUGGAAGAGAAUAGAGGGAAGCUUGAGAAGGUUCCAUGGCUGGGCAGGAACAUGGGCCUGCUGCUGUCUUGGCUCCAGAGGGCAGGUGUCGAUACGAGCCAGGCCGCGGGAUCUGGCCGAAAUAGAAAGGGCUUGCUCUCCAUAUUUGCAGACCACUGCAGCUUUGUGACCGGACAGAGGCUCCGGCGUGCAUGUCAGAUCGCCGAGCUUUACUCAAACCUGUACUCCGAGCGGACCAGGUGGACCCUGGUUGGGAGCAUAUGGCGCAGGUUUCAGAGCAAGCACACCUCCAAUGGGAAACUUAUCGCAGCCCUGGCUUGCGUCUUCAUGUGGGACAACGAGAAGAUUCAAGAUGAAGAAAUCCGCAGGUGUGGACUUGAGCUGCAGGCAAUGGAAACUGUGAAAUGUCAAAAUACUACACCAGGAACAACGGUUGGACAACUGGAGUGCGGCUGGGAAGUUGUGAUGGAGAAAAAGGACUUCAAAGUAUGGAAGCGGCCUAUCCCCGACAGUCACCUCUAUGAAUACAGAGUGCUGGGCUCCUACAGUGAUGUCACACCAAGACAGUUCUUCAAUGUGCAGUUGGACACAGAGUACAGGAAGAAGUGGGAUUCUCUGGUUAUAAAGCUUGACGUGGUGGACAGAGAUGUCAACACAGGCUCUGAAGUUGUGCACUGGGCUACACACUUUCCAUAUCCCAUGUACUCGAGGGACUAUGUUUAUGUGCGGCGCUAUGAUGUUGACUUGGACAACAACCUGAUGGUCUUGGUAUCAAGAGCUGUGCAGCAUCCCAGAGUUCCAGAGUCUCAGGAUUUUGUGAGAGUCCAUUCAUACCAGUCAAAGAUGGUCAUUCGCCCUCACAAGUCCUUUGAUGAGAAUGGAUUUGACUACCUGCUAACCUACAGCGAUGACCCUCAGACGGUCUUUCCUCGUUACUGUGUGAGCUGGAUGGUGUCAAGUGGUAUGCCUGAUUUUCUGGACAAGCUGCAUACUGCUGCCUUGAGGGCCAAGAACUUGGAAGUGGGAAUACACGACUAUGCAGGUGCCAUUAAAUCCAGCGACACCAACCGCCAGCCAAGCCAGGAGCGCCUCGCUGGAGAAAGCAAACACACAGGUGGUCCGGGGCAGAUCUACGCUUGAAAUGGAUAUUUUAUAGACAGGGGUUAUGUUGGUGUGUCUUCACUUGCACUUGAACCCAAAUCAAACCCUCCAACCCCAACUUCUUGGGUACAUUGUGUGAACUUCAAAUGGAACCAACAUUUGUGAGAAACAUAUGUCCAUCCAUAGACAUGGUUAUAUUUGUUGUAGGUGAGAUGUCACAAGAACAAUGAGUGACAGCAUUGCUGUCCUUUGAGAAAACGUUGCCAUGGAAAGGAUGCUGGCCUUGGUACUUUCUGCUUUAUGAGCCAAUGCCAUGCGGCAUUUUUUGCCGCCUUUGGUGAUAAUGCUUGUACUGCAGCCAUUGGUAAGAUCGAGCCAAAAUUCCUGACUGUAGAGAUGCUUUUGCCAAAGCAGUAUUUGUCUCAUUUUAUUGUUCUAUGUCUUGUCUUCCAUUCUUUGACAUGACUCGAUUAUAAAGGCUGUUCAGAUCUCCAGUAGCCACACCACUGGAUUGAUUUCUGUUGCGCAGUAUUGGACGCACAACAGUAACUAUGACUCUGGUGGACAUUGUGACUGAAACGUAAAGCUGUGGCCAAGAUUUCUGCACUGACAGAUGAAGGACUGGGGCCUCUGCAGGGAACACUGUCUAACAUGUUCAUUUCAUGUAUUUAAAAGCAACUGGUCUCCAAUAUAUUUUUGCAGUAUAAGCCAUUGAUCUUCAGAUGACUGUACGAGGGGAAAUUAUAAAAAACAAAACAAAAUGAUGCCAUUAUUAGAUAAUGUGUCCACAGAAUUUAAAAUGAAAACUGUAGGGCUUCUGGUUUUGUUUUAGUGGAUGGCAUUAUUUCGCUGCCAGCACAGUCAAGGUUUCACACUGUCCGUCUCACCGUGUUUGUGUAACUGUUUAAAAACUGCCAGCGUUGACAAAACAGCCUUCUGAAGAUAAACCAGUCCUUCAGCAGUAGGGGCAUAGUGUCUUAUAACAACCACAUAAAUCCUCAGAGACAGUGGUACUUAUGCACUGCAGUUUAUUUUUACUAGUGAGGCAACCCAACAGUUACACAUUUUGAUAAACUGAUGCCCUUUUUAGAGAUACACAGAGCACUUGUGCCAUCUCACAACCAAAUGCAUUUCACAGCAAAAGUUAAGUUGUCCCAUUUCUGCUCAAAUGGUCUUGUUAUUCUGGUGUUAACAACAGUUGUAGUAGCAAUCUGUCGUUCGCACUAGGGAAGUUAUUUGUUACUGUUGAUCUUGUACAUUCAUAAAACCAUAGUCACGAGUGUUGAAAAACCUUGUUAUGAGUAUAACAAGCUCUGUAAUGUUUGUCCCCUGCACUGUGACGCUAUCGUUUUUGUCAUAAAUGUUGAUCCUACUGAAACUCCAUAGACCUCAUCCUCCAGAUGUGUUGCUUUUCUAAUUAAUAGUUUGCAGGGGUGUUAUGAAUGUACAAAGAGCACUACACGCUGUGGAAAAAAAACAUCGCCUAUGUAUAAUAAAGUACACUGUUUACAGCCUGACAAUCUGGAGCAAAUAUCUUGAAAUCUAAUUGUUUAAAAACAUCUCAACUUGUACUCAAAGCUAAUGUCACAUUAGUUUAGGUAGAAUAUUGGACUGAAUCAGCUGUAGUGACUGUGUCAAGGUGAAGCAGUAUGGUGGCUUUCACUGUUGUGAAGGAAAUCUCUCUGUAUUCAAUACUGGUUACCAUAUUCCCAUUGUGUCAAAUAUGAACAAUCUUUUUUUCUGUAGUGAACUAAUAUUUAAUUUUUAAAAAUGGCAGUGUAGGCUGUGAGAUAUGAUUAUGUCAAAAGUAUGAGGGAGGGAAGUAAAUGCUGCUUGCUCACCUUUUUAUCUCGUGAACAAACAGAAUUGUGAGACUUGAGAGAUCAUAACCCCAGUAACAUUAUGAAAUGUUUGCUAAUGUUCAGCUUGCGAAUGUAACAUUUUAAUGGUUUGUCAGUUGUGGACUUCUCUGUCACCUGCAGUAGUCUAAAAGAGUUGUUGCAUACUGUUGUUGUUUCCUCCUGCAGGCGGUAUAACAUUUAUUGUGAUUAGCUAUCACAUGGGAAUUACUUUUCAAGAACUGAAUUAAUGUGUGGGAAACUGAGCUGUCACACUUGUAACCUUGUGAUUUUAAGAAUGAUUAAAAUGAAAGAGCAACUAAUCAGAUAAAAUAAACAGAUCUUCAUGUGCA